CUGGGGUUGGCAGCACGGCUGCAUCCCGCCCCGUCCCUGCUGGGAUGGGCCCGUGGUUGGCCCUGUGGGUGCUGCUCUACCUGCCAAGAUCCCUCCAGGGCCAGAACCCACACACCCCGGCGGCCCCCAGCUCCGUUCUGCAGAGUUUCGAGGACAGCAAGUUCCAGGGGGAGUGGUUUGUCCUCGGCCUGGCGGGCAACACCCACACGGUAGCAGACAGGUCUCUGCUGAGCCCUUUCACGGCGACAUUCACGAUAAAUAAAAACCACUUGGAAGUGGCAUACGCCAUGAUCCGGGGCCAGCGCUGUGUCACCUGGUCGUACAAGCUUAUUUCGAAGUCCCAGCCUGGGAUGUUCUCGGUGGAUCACAGUGGAGAGCCCGGGGCGGACCCCGAGGAGAUCCAGGUGACCGACACGGACUACGCAUCCUUCGCCCUCCUGCUCUCCAGGAGGCAGUCGGACCUGCAGAGCAUCCUCAGGGUCAGCCUGCUGUGCAGAAUAUGGGCCAUUCAGACCCAGCUGCUGGGCAAGUUCAUCUGCCUGGUCCGGGCUCAGGGCCUCUCAGAUGACAACAUUGUCUUCCCGGACCUGACAGGUAACGGGCUCCCGCACCUGGUGGGGUCUGCCCGGAGCCUUGGAGCCCUACGGGGGCUCAGCUCAGCCCCACGUGUGGGGUCCCAGCUACCCCAGGGUUCAGCCUGAGUCCAUACUGGGGGUCUCACCGCUCCUUGGUCUCCUCCCCACCUGGGUCCCCUUCCCCAGGGC